CAUUUUUUGCAGGAACACACAGUUCGUACACACGUUUCAACGAAGGUUCGACAUCUUCAUUGUCUAGAAGAUCCCGGAGAACGCUACCCGCGACCACCUAUACCAGAUUUUCAACGGCUACACGCUGAGAUGGAAAGCGCUCUGAAGAGUGCUCCUCACAAACCAACAACCGUACCUCGACCAUUUCACUUGAGUGAACCGAAAGCUUAUCACCAUCGUCACUGCAAAUCAUCUUCGCCUCCACGAUGGCGAGCCCAAAACAUUAGAAAGGUGUCUAAGGGUGAUGUCGCUAUUCGUGCAACACACUCGUCAACGAUUAGGAAGGAGGCAAUCAGAAAACGACAGGAAAUCCUAAAUGAAGAGCGUCACCGUUCGGAGAAGUUCUGGGAAGAUAGAAGAGAUGAGAUGGAUUUGAGUCGAGUGAGGCUGCUCUCGUCAAUGGGUUCGCUACCAAAUGUGAAUGAUGAAAUUGAGAGGAAGACGGCUGAGAAAAUAAGGCACAGCGCGGAAAGCACAAGAGAAUACGAAAAGUUCCUAGCUGAAAUGCAACAGAGGGUGAUUGACAGACCUCUUAUCAUGGAGCAGCAAUCAAUCAUCGCGCAAAAACAGAAAUUCACUCGGAAAUACGAGGAAAGGCUAGCAGCUGUGGGCAAGACUUCCCCCACAGCGAGGAUCCGAGUGAAUGCUACCGAACGUCGUGAUUCUGACAUCUCCGGUGCGACUUAUUCUGUGAAAUCCAAAGAGCAAGCGGAAAUUGGUGAAAACGUAAGUUACAGUUACCUGGAUGUUCCUGUGACUUUGGAUUCCAUGAGCGAGCUGUACAUAAAUUCAGCAUUCAAUCAAACGAAUUUCGAGAAACGGAAGGGCUAUGGCAGUGGUGAUUUCGACACCGACGAAGAGACAUCAGGAGGUAAAAAACGAUCAUCGAGAUCCGACUCCUCUUCCUCCUCGUCUGCAUCUUCUUCCAAGGGCUCUUCCUCGAAGAAGUCUGGCAGUUCCGGAACGUCAGAGUCAAGCAGCUCAUAG